ACGGUGCCUUCAGACUUGCCGCGUUACAAAAGCCCGCUCGCCGCACACCUGCUGUGCCUUCACGCCCCAUCAAACACGCCACGAACCACCUCUAUUCGAUUCAACUGCGCAAGUCGCUCACCAUGACUCCAUUGCGCGAAGCGUCAGCCAUGUCGGACCUCUCUCACGCGUAUAAGCGCAAUCUGCACGAGUACAGCUAUCGUCUGCCCACGCCUCCCCGCAUCGUCGUUCCCCCGCCUACCCUCACGAUCGAUAUGCCCGAUCUGACCGUUAGGAGCGGCGUCGGUACCGAAGGAGUUGAUAUGAGCUUUUUGGAGGAGCUGGAUCUGGAGAACAUCGUGCAGACCAACACACUGGUGGAGUGGGCGUACGAGCGUCGAAGACAGGCGCAAUUGAUCCUCCCAUGGCUGUACCUGGGGCCAAUGAUGGCAGCAAGAGAUAAGGCAUUCCUUGAGCGCGAGGGAAUCACGAUGGUCUUGGCCAUUCGAUCCCAAACAAACAGCAUGAUGGGCGCCGUGCAGGCGGCUACGGAAGUAUGCUGGGAAGUGGCUACAGUCGAGGCAGCUAGUAUCCAUGAACUUAUCGGGCGGUUUACAGAGACGACUAGAUUGAUCAACACACACGUCGCGCGAGUCCGACAACACACUCUAGAGAAGAACGGCCACCCUACGCUCGGCAAGGUUCUGGUCUUCUGCGAGUCCGGGAAUGAGAAGUCCGCUGCCGUCGUAGCAGCCUAUCUCAUGCAAACACUGGGCAAUUUCGAUCACGUCAAGGCGAUGCAGGUCUGUCAAGCGCAACGUUUCUGCGUCAACUUCGACGACACUAUCAAGAACAUCCUGCACUCACACUGGGAUAUCAUACAUGCACGGCGCUUAGUCGCAAGCUGUGAUACGCAGUCUCCGCAACAGACUGGCGCCAUGGGCGCCAAUGGCCAAAACGGCACACAUCUCCAGCCUGUUCACGCACCGAAGCAGAAGAGAUCUAUCGCACAAACACGCGAUGAUGAGGAUAUGGAAAUGGACGAUGGCAUGGAUGAAUCGGAUGCACUCCGGUUCACAGGGCGCGACGUGACUCCCUUCCAUGACUCUUAGGUGAUGCGUUUUGGGUUGUCUUACGGCAUUUGCCUUUUGCGUCAUAUCAUUUCAAGGCGUUUUCAACUCACAUUAUACCCCACAUGGCUCAUGGCGUUCUUUGGCGAGGCAUUUUUAAGCCUGGUGUUAGGAAUGGCAAGUGUUGGAACCUGUCUCUUCGCGGGCGGGUAUCUUGGGGGCACCUGCUCUCCCGUAUACCUUCCUUCGGCAGGCGCAAGCAUCCCUACAAUAGCACGGGCACAAGACGCAAUGAACCUUGGA